AUGGGACGCAAGGAGCAGCAGAUUCUUCAUGGGAUUUGGUUGCAUCGGGGUCGUUCUCGAAUGAAACCAAUCUUACGCCAACCCAAGUUGUCUCAUCUAUGCAGUGGAGGCCUCAGAGCACGACCUGUGAACACUCAAAAGGCCCCUUACACAUUGCUAUCAUCAGACCGAUGUCAUAACAUCACACAGCGAAUGGCCAGGUUAAACGGCGGUAGCCCUGGCCUUUGCAAGGGGCAAAGGAAUGGGCAGGAAGACCUCGUCGAGUGCGAGCACCCAAUAAGACAUCCGUACGCCCUCUCGCUCCUCAAUAGGGCAAUUUCUCAAUGUGACGGAUGCUGCUACUGCACCUCGUUAAUUGGCUACCGUGGCCUUGAUUCAAACCAGGCUAUGCAGUCUCGGUCCUUUUGGGGCGUAUUCCUGCGUUACGAUCUGUCACCACCGGCUCUUCUGGAAACCCCAUUAGGCAGGCCAGAAAUUGAUAGCAAUUUGUUUUUCAGAUUAAAUCCAGUGCGCCAAUUUCUUGUCACAUGGAUGGCCACCUCCCAAGACGCUGUAUUUCGUGAUUCUCUCUGA